AUGGCUGCUGAAAAAGGUACUGGAGAUAAUGCCUAUAUCUAUUUACCAUUAAUGGAUGAACCCUGGCGGAUCACCGGUACCAUACCCAUGGGAGAAAAGGCGUUUAAAAUUUCGGGAGCUAUCCCUGACCCCGCAUUUGUACUGGCAGAUACGCUGAAGAAUUAUUUAACCAAAAAUGGAAUCACGGUGAUGGGAAAACCACAAACCAUUCACAUCAGUGAUCCUGAACACGCGCGACCACCGAUCUACGGACCUGUUUUAUUUACGCACUACUCUCCAUCACUCGAUACUAUCAUCUAUUGGUUUCUCAGGAAAAGCAUAAACCUCUAUGGCGAAGCAUUGGCCAAAACCAUCGCUUUUGAAAAGAAUGGAUUUGGUAGUACAUCCAAUGGCGUUAAGAUCAUCCAGGAUUGGUGGAAGGCUAUUGGUAUCGAACAGAAUGAACUAAACAUGAGUGAUGGUUCCGGUUUAUCACCACUUAACCGCAUCACCACGCAUGCGCAGGUGACCGUAUUAAAAUAUGCGAAAACGAGGCCCUGGUUUUCGUCCUUUUACAAUGCCUUGCCCGAGUACAAUGGGAUGAAACUGAAAAGCGGUACGAUCAGCGACGUAAAGGGAUUCUGCGGUUAUCAUACAGCAAAAAACGGCACUGAGUAUAUUGUUGCUUUCCUGGUGAACAAUUACAAUGGUAAAUCGUCCACAUUAGUCAAUAAAAUGUACCAGGUGCUGGAUGUGCUGAAAUAG